AUGGCGUCACGCUUGGCACGAAGCGCCGUCGGCGCUCCCCUCCUCCGACCCGUCCUCGCCCGCCGAGCUGCCCCUGCCUUCUCCGUUGCCGCUGCGCGAUACAACAGCAAUGUUCCCGCCGAGGACCCCAAGAAGAAGGCUCAGAGCAUCAUCGACGCUCUCCCCGGCAACAGCCUCCUCAGCAAGAGCGCCAUCCUCAGCUCCGCCGCCGCUCUGUCCGUCUACGCCAUCUCUAGCGAGUACUACGUCAUGAACGAGGAGACCAUCAUCGCCAUCUCCCUUCUUUCCGUCUGGGGUGCUCUGAUCAAGUACGGUGGCCCUGCCUACAAGGAGUGGGCUGAGGCGCAGAACAACAAGAUCAAGAACAUCCUCAACAGCGCCCGCGCCGACCACACCGAGGCUGUCAAGGGCCGUAUUGAGGACGUUAAGCAGAUGGGCAGCGUUGUUGAGAUCACCAAGAACCUGUUCCAGGUCUCCAAGGAGACUGCCAAGCUCGAGUCCGAGGCUUUCGAGCUCGAGCAAAAGACUGCUCUGGCUGCUGAGGCCAAGGCCGUCCUUGAGUCCUGGGUCCGAUACGAGGGCCAGGUUAAGCAACGCCAGCAGAAGGAGCUCGCUCAGUCCAUUAUCGCCAAGGUCCAGAAGGAGCUCGAGAACCCCAAGGUCCUUCAGCAGAUCCUCCAGCAGAGCGUCGCUGACGUCGAGAAGAUCGUUGCCUCCAAGGCCCAAUAG